GUCAUCAGGACGGGAGUUGAGAUUAAUGAUACUAAAUUUCUGUAGUAAUACUAGUGUAUGUUACUAGCAUUAGUCAUGGUAAUUGUUGCUGUACUAGGAGGAUACGUUAUGACGUCCUUGAUAUUGUUGAAAUAUCCGAAUUUAAUUCACAAUCGAAAAAAGUUAAAAUUUAAAUGUAGACAUAUCAGCCAUCGUGGAGGAGCUGGCGAAAACUAUGAAAACACAAUGACGGCGUUUAAACGGGCUGUUGCUUUGGGAACUGAUAUGUUGGAGCUGGACUGUCAAAUUACAAAAGACAGCAAAGUAGUUGUUUCACAUGAUCAAAACUUGCUACGCAGCACUGGUGUUGAUUGCAAUAUCUCCCAACUCAAUUACUGUGAUCUUCCUCUGUUAAAACCAGAACUACCUGUUGAUUUUGACCCAGGUCACACUUUUGUUGGUUCAGGGAAAGAAGAGGAGAGAAGAAUUGUACUUUUGGAAGAAGUAUUUCAGAUGUUCCCUAACGUACCUAUAAAUGUAGAUAUCAAGAUUGAUGAUGAGAAUCUUAUGAAAGAAGUUGAAAGAUUGAUUGUUCAAUACAAUAGGGAAGAAUAUACAGUCUGGGGUAACUUCAGUGACAAAGUUACAAGGAAACUUUAUUCAAUGAAUCCACGAGUCAAUCUCCUAUUCUCAAUGAAACAGGUUUUGCUGCUAGUAUUGCUGCUGUACACUGGACUCUUGCCAUUUGUGCCCAUUAAAGAGACACAUCUUGAAAUUUUUCUACCUGCUAUUUAUUUAAGGUUGAUCAGGAAAAGAAUCAAUAAUACCUCAUAUUUACCUCUCCACACUUUCUUUGUGCGAAGUAUGGACUUGCUUCUCAUGAGACGCAUUCUUUUUAACCACUUAGAAAAGCGUGGAAUCCAGACAUACCUCUGGGUACUUAAUUAUGAAGAUGAAUUCAGAACAGCAUUCGAACUGGGUGCAUCUGGAGUUAUGACAGAUUAUCCAUCGAGGCUCAAGAAGUUUCUUGAAGAAAACCCACAGUAUCAGUGAUAUUUGUUGCUCAUCAUUCCAUUAUGCCAUACCUGUUACACAAUUUUUGUGUUUAAUUUAUAUAAAUGCCCUCAAGUAAUUUUUGUAAUUAUCUUUAUUAUUAUUAUUAUUAUUAUUAUUAUUAUUAUUAUUAUUAUUUAUUAUUAUCAUUAUCAUCGGUGUACAUUCUUGGCAUCUGAGAAUUUUGUUUCUUAUCAUCAGAAUUUAUUUUGGUAGUCUAUAUUUUUACAAUAUUUCCACAAAUAAUGUACAAAAUGUGCCUCAUUCCUAGUCACUGUUAGUAGUUUAUUUCCACAAAAGGUGCCUUUAUGGUUGUGGAAGAUAAUGCCACUUAUUGAGAUAAUGGUGUUAUUUAGUAUCUCAGUAGUCUAUUGUGCAGAAAGAGCUGCCAUGAAAGAAAUAUUGUUCUGAUACUUGUUUUCAAGGGACCAGACAGUAUAUUACAUUGUUCCAGAAUGAGAUUUUCACUCUGCAGUGGAGUGUGUGCUGAUAUGAAACUUCCUGGCAGAUUAAAACUGUGUGCGCGACCGAGACUCGAACUCGGGACCUUUGCCUUUCGCCGGCAAGUGCUCUACCA